UCGGUGAGUUCAGGGAGAGUCGGCUACGCGUUGAAGUUGACGCUGAUAUUCAUUAUGGGACGCUUUUUUUUUUUCAAGUGACGUUGGAAGUUAAAUUUAAAAAGUGUUUGUAGUCAAAAAGCAAAGAAAAGAAGAGCAAACAGUGGUGGACGGAAGCUGGACUCUCACUUAAAGCACGCAGUAAGAUAAAAACGCGAUUUAUCAGCGGGUUCCUGAAGCAUCUCUGUGAAGAAUAACUUGACUGUCAGUGAUGACCUGCAGCGUGUUCAUCAUCAUGUUGGCUUCAGUGUUUUCACGUCUUCUCCUGUCAGGUUCCAGAGUUCAUGCACAGGAGACGCCGCCCCGCAUCGUCCACCAGCCGGCCGACGUGGUGGUGAAAGUGGGGAAUCCCGCCACGCUUUCCUGCCGGGCAGACGGCAGCCCCAAGCCGACCAUUGAGUGGCUGCGGAACGGCCAGCCGCUGGAGACGGCAAGGGGAGAAGGACAGCUGCAGCCCAUUGUCUUAUCGGAGGGGAGCAUCUUCUUCUUGAGCGUGGGGGGGGGCAGGCGAGGUCAGUCACAUGAGGGCGUCUACACCUGCGUCGCCUGGAGCAGUGCGGGCAAGGCCACCAGCCGCAAUGCAUCGCUGUACAUCGCAGUGCUGCAAGAAGAGUUCAGUUUGCAGCCCAGUGAUGUGGAGGUGGCCGUGGGGGAGGUGGCUGUCUUAAACUGUGGCCCCCCGAUGGGACACCCUGAACCUAAUGUCAUCUGGAAGAAGGAUGGCUUGCCCAUCAACAACAUGGAUCACCACUACACUGAGCUGAGUGGGAAACUCAUCAUCGCUCCUGCAGAGAAGAACCACUCCGGUGCUUACGUGUGUUCGGCCAGCAACACUGUGGGAGUGAGGGAGAGCAGGGCGGCCCGGCUCUCUGUGCUGGCCAAGCCUGUGUUGAUUUUGAAGCCAGAAAAUGUGUCUGUGAGAAUGGGGGAGUCUGCCCAGUUCUACUGCCAGGCUAAAGGUGACCCCCCACCUGCUGUGGUCUGGAGCAGAGAGCAGGGCCCACUGCCCAACGGCAGGUAUCUUGUAAACCCAGACCAGACUCUCCAGAUCCACUAUGUGACAGCCCAGGAUGCUGGGAAGUACUCCUGCACUGCUGUCAAUGACGUAGGUGUGGUCACUGCCAGCGCACAGCUACGAGUUGAAGAGGCUACCACCACUAAACAGAGAGACCUCCACAAAGAGCUGUCAGCCCUGCGAGUUGCUCUGGAAAACGUCACCAUCGUGGCCCCGGGGUCGAACAUAUCGCGAGUACAAUGGAAGCUCCAGUCCCUCCCAGCUCAGCCUCACUACCUCGACGGCUUUGAGGUGCUCUAUCGCUCCCUGCUGCCGGCCAGCUCUGACUGGGCAGCAAAGAAGGUGGCUCUGCCCAGCUUCCAGGCUCCGGUGGGCCCCUUGAAGAGGGGCUACAAGUACGAGUUCAAAGUCCGACCCUAUGGCAGCAACUUGUAUGGGAGGGAGAGCAACACCCGGCACCUCAGAGUCCCCGAGACGGUGCCCAGUGCCUCUCCACUGGCUGUAUCCAUUACAGUGAGCCAUGAGCAGAAUAACACCAUCCAUUUAAGCUGGGGGCCUCCUCCUUAUGAAACCCACAACGGCAUCAUACAGGGAUACCAGGUGUUUUGUGUGGAGUCGGAGGAGCAGCAGUACCAGAACUGGACAGUGGACAGCAGCCAACACAACCUGGACAUCUCUACCCUCAAACCAGGGAGACGGUAUUGGAUCACCAUAGCAGCUGUCAACGGGGCUGGAGUGGGAAUGCUGAGUGACCCUCAUGGAUUUGUCAUCAACCCACAAAUAGGCGGUCAACCCGAGUCAGACGGUCAAAAACGGGAUCUGUCCCAGGUCCUGGCCCUGCUUCAGGACCCAGUGUUGAUCGGCAGCAUUGGCGCCCUCCUGUGGUGCAUUUUGAUGGUUGGGGCUGUCUACCUCUUCAGACGCCACAGCAGGACAGGCCACCUGAUUCCAGGACGUGGCAGAGCUAAAGGUUUGCGCAGACUAGCCAGUGAAGAUCUCAUCAUAAAACACAGGAUGGCAGCUCCAGACUCCCCCUGGAUCUCUGGAGGCUGGAGACCAGCCUUCAACCAGAAGUACCAGGAUUUAUGGGCCCAUGGUCAGAAACAUCCAGGACUCAGGGGCACCAGCCUCCCGGCCUCCUGGAAGGACCUCGGCCGCGUGGACUCGGCCGUCCCCAUUGUGACGGACAGCUGCGGCGUUUAUGGCACUUUCUACGUGGACCUGAUGGGAGGCGGCCUCAAGACCUUCAACAGCCCAGGGCAUCGCCCCAGGAUGGCUCACGGUCCGCCCCAUCAGCAAGGUGCCGAGACCAUCCAGAUAUUCCCCCAGCCCGUCGCCAAGACCCCGCCCCUCGAAAGCCGGGAGGCGCUGCCAUGGAAACAGGCCAUACGGCCCCAGCCCAAGAUGGGUGUGCUCAGGGAGUCGUGGGAAAAAAGCCACAGCAAGCAAGAGUUGCAUGCAGUGAACAGCGUCCCCACAGUGCCGACCAGGAACCAGGCCUGUACAUCCAGACUCUACAAGCAGAGACUCAGUCACGUACCUUCAGGCAGGCACGAGUGUGAUAAAGUUUCCGGCUGCCCUCGCCUUCUGCAUUACUCUGCAUCAUUACACCUAAUGGACAUGCUGCCCCCCCCACCACCAAUGCCCGCAGAGGACACCACGGACACACACAGCCUCACCUCAGAUGAAGGCUCCAGUCGUUCUACGAAGCUCACAGGGGACACAGACUCCUUCCAGUCAGUGUGUGCUGCUUCAGAUCGCUGUGGGCAACCACGAGCCACCAACCCCGCCCACAGCCGCCACUCCUACAGCCACCUGUCUGCUACGUCCUACUCCACGUCAGUGGAUGGAGAACAGGGCGGCACGCUGACGGCACAGGAAGCAGCCCAGUAUCUGGAGCUCAGCCCGAAACCUGAGAGAUGCAGUGCCCUGCCUGAGCAGCACCCCUCCUUGCCUCACCCCUUCUUCCCCACCCUGGGCUACAUCUGCGGCCCAGUCUGCUCCAGUCAGCAGGAAGGCGGCCCUGCCUACGGUGAGCUGGAGGUCCCGCACAUCGCCUUGCGACACGCCGGCCUCCGGAGCACACCAUCCUCCUGCUACAGUGAAUGGGACAGCUCGCUGUGGAACACCUGGAGCUCCGUCACAGACAGCAACAUGGCCAGCGCUCGCACCAGCCUCAUCAGCUCCGUGGACAGCUGCUACACCAGUGACAGCGCACACUUCGCCCGCCUGCUGGCGGCGGCGGCGGAGAGCGUGAGUGGAGCCUCUCUGUCAGACUUCUCCCCUCCAGCCUCCCCCCUCAGCGCUUCGUACCCCUCAUUCCGUGCGGAGUGCGACUCGUUCGGCGAGCUGGAGCCGGUUCCUGCGUGGGACUGGAGCUCGGCCUGGGUGGAGGAAAUGGAGGCUCGGUACAGAGCGCACUAUCCCGGCAGGAACGGCAGCAGACCCUUCGACGCUUAGGGACCCCGCCGGGGAGAGGGACAGAUACAACGUCACUGACACAUCUCACAGCUAAAUGGACAGAAUUGCAAGACAAGACGGACGGACAUGAUUAUUUUUGAGAGUGCUUGAAUUUUUUUAGGUCUAAUUAAUUCAGGGUUUCAUAUCCCAAACAAGAGUAAAUAAAUAUCUGGAUUUUAAAUAUAAUUGGAGCCAGCUCCUUGAUGUUUGAGACACGUACGCUUGUAGAUCUGUAAUAGUUUUCCCAAUUUACCUCAGGGCAGUCCGGCUACUAUUUUUCACCCUUCAAAUGACUUCUUUUCAGUUUCUAAAGUUUCCCUCCCUCUUCGUAAACUCUCAGCUCAUUAGAGAAAAGGAUAAUGAGAGACUUCCCUCGGGAUGUUCUCACCCAGUGGGUUUUUGAAAAAGGCCAGAAAGACACAAAGACAGGAUGCGAGAUGGUGAGAAAGCAGUCAUUAGGGAAGAAGACACGUUUGUUUCUUAUUGUCAUAUGUUUGUUGAGAGAUUUUAUUUGGGCCUCCAAAUAGAGCUUGGCAUAGAGAUUAUGUACAGACUGUUCUCACUCAUGUCAUGUGUAUAUAUUCAGCAUAUUCAACAAAUGUUAUUUAAAGAAUUUAAAACACAUUCCAAAUCAUUUUCUGCCUUUCCAGAUUAUUUUUGGGUUAUUUCAUUUACAUUCUUUUAUAUUUUAAGAUUUUUUUUACUUUAUACACUGUCCAUUUUUUUUAUGUUUGUAUCAGACAAAACAUUCUGUAGGUCAGAAUAGCAAAAGUAGAAAAAGUAAUUGUUUAAAAGUCGUUUUGUUCUCAAUUAAUUGAACUUACUUGAGGUUUUACCUUAAAAUAACUUUAAUUUUAGGAAACAUUCAACAAAAGAUAUUGUACAAGUUAUGCUGCAGUAAUUAGUCUUUGCAUGCUUGAUGAUGUAUUAAUUAGAGAUUCACUAAUGGUGGUAGAUUGGAAGUUUUACAUUUUGUAAGAAUUUUUAUUUUGUUCACAUUACAGAUGUAUUUUAAAGUUUACAUUUUUUUAAUUGGUUGAAAUCAAGUUGUACAUUUUGCAAGGAUUUUACAUUUGGAUCUGUGAAAUAAAGGUUCCCCUCGUGUUAC